ACUUAUUGUAGCUAUUAACAAUGGCGGAAAUUGCAGGCAUCCAUAAACAGCAAAUGAAGAGGAAACGAAGCAAUGAAGUCGUGAAAGAGAAGUGGGCGAAGCAUUACUCGUCGAAUCACCAGAUAUUGUUGGUUGGUGAAGGAGAUUUCUCGUUUUCUGUGAGUCUAGCUAUGGCUUUUGGCUCCGCUUCCAAUAUUGUAGCUUCUUCCAUCGACACUUAUGAUUAUCUUAUCAAGAAUUACAAGAAUGCAAAAGCAAACUUGGAUAUCUUGCGUAAAUUUGGAGCCCAACUGUUGCAUGUAGUUAAUGCAGUCAAAAUGAAGAAUCAUACUGACCUUCGAAAGCAGAAGUCUGAUCGCAUUGUAUAUAAUUUCCCACAUUCUGGUGAUCGAGGGAAAGAAAGUGAUGAAGAUAUCAUUGUAAACCACCAAAAUUUGGUUCAAAGUUUCUUGUGGAAUGCGAGGGCGUUGUUGCGUCCAAAAGGUGAAAUACAUGUAACCCACAAGACCACACACCCAUACAGUUGUUGGAAUAUUGAAGAAGUGGCAAGUGAAUGUGGUUUAACAUUGGUUGAAUGUGUCAAGUUCAAGAUUGAAGAUUAUCCUGGUUACAACAACAAAAGAGGAGAUAGGAGGAAUCCUGACCUAUCCUUUCCUCUAGGGAAAUGCAGUACUUUCAAGUUCAUGGUUUCUUCAAAUGCCAAGAAAUCACCUCCAGAAUUUCCAUAUCAAAAACGACUGAAAAAAACACUUGCAGAAAUGAAUCCUAUUGCGGAGUAUUUGAUUGAUGCCGGUGGGUUAACUUAUUUGACUGAAUGUUUAAUUCCUGAUCUGUCUGAUUUGCAAGAUGAUUCGGAGACAUCUUCAUCGGAUGUGGGUACGAGUCAGCCUCCACAUAUUUAGAGGGGGAUCUUGUAAAACUGGUUUUUGUCUUUUUGCUGAAACUUUUGUGGUUUUCUUAAUCAGGCCAGGUGUGGCUGUGUCCCUUUUUUUAAUUGUUGAAUGUUACAAACUGUUGCGUAUGAUAUGAAUGGAAAUUGUUUUCUUA